AUGACGCUCAUCGGCUCGGGCGCCGCCGGAGACGUCUACCACGCACUGUACGCCUCGACGGGGGUGGCGUGCAAGCGGCUGCGCUUCAGCAAGGAGGCGGCCAACCGAGCGAUGCAGGUGCUGGUCGAGGAGUGCCGCCUCGCGCUCAAGCUCCGCCACCCAAACGUGGCGCGCGGGAUGGCGUACCUUCACAGCCACCGCGUGAUCCACCGCGACCUCAAGCCGGGCAACGUGCUGCUCAAACUGCCGAUGAUGACUGCCAAGGUGGCAGACUUUGGCGCGUCGCGCGAGAACAUGCAGCCCGCCCCCUCCGCCGGCUUGCUCGCGGGCGCCUUCUCGCUCGAGCGAGCGAGCGCGGCGAUGACCAUGUCGAUGGCCGGUACCCCCGUCUACAUGGCGCCCGAGGUGCUCCGGCAGGACCGGUACGGCAAGCCGUGCGACGUCUGGUCCUUUGGCGGGCUGCUCGUCCACAUCGCGACCCGCCGGCCGCCCUUCGCCGCGCUGCUCGAGUCCGGCCACCUCUCGCCGCUCGACCUCCUCAACAAGGUGACCAAGGGCGAGAUGCGGCCGACCUCGAACCCCGGGGGGCAGCCCGGCGCGCUUUGCUUCGCGCCGGCAGAGUGGCCGCAGGCCGUCGCGCAGCUCGCCGAGGCGUGCUUCGCCUUCGACCCGCUCGAGCGGCCCACGUUCGAGGAGGCGGCGGACGAGUCCAAGGAGCCCAAGGUGUUCUCCGCCUGCUCCGCCCGCUCCGCCUUCUCCGAGCCCGUAUGA